GACUAUGCGUUCCAUUGACAGGAAGUAUUAUGUCCAUGCAUUCCAUUUACAGGAAGUGGGGUGGGGCUUCACAUAGCAUGUUGUCUGAGGCUCUUUUAUAGUGGGAAACAGUGGAGACGGAACUUAUCAAGUGCAGGUCAGCCCUGGAUCAGGGUGCUACACACCGCGCUGUUCACACCUCACUCCACACCCUUUCUUCCCACCCAAAAAAAUGAGCGACCACUUCUCGCUGUCUGACUGCGAUGUCAUAGGCUUCGACCUGGACCACACUCUGUGCCGGUAUCAUCUGCAGGAAUCCAGCAAGCUAAUAUAUGACAGUUUUGCUCAGUACCUGGUGGCUGAAAAAGGUUAUAAGGAAGACUUGCUAACAGUGACAUCUGAAGAGUGGGAUUUCUGCAACAAAGGCUUGGUGCUGGAUUUAGAAGAAGGAAACUUUCUUAAACUUGCUGCAGAUGGAACUAUUCUCAGGGCUUGUCAUGGUACCAAGACAAUGACUGCUGAAAUGAUUGAAGAGGUGUAUGGGGAAAAAAGGCAGUGGAAACAUUUUAAAACGAUUAAUGGAACAUAUGCACGGUCAGCUAAAUACUACUUCUAUGACAACUAUUUUGAUUUGCCAGGAGCUCUUCUGUGCGCUAAAAUAGUCGAUUCUUUAGAAAUGACUGAUGGACAAAAGAAGUUUGAUUUCUGGAAAGAUAUAAUUUCUGCAAUAGAACACAACUACAAGACUACUGCUUUCAAAGAAAAUUGUGGAACAUAUUUUCCAACUGUGAAGAAGGACCCAAGCAAAUAUUUAAAGCCUUGUCCUGAGUCUGUGAAGAACUGGAUAAGGAGUCUGAAAAAUGCUGGAAAAAUCAUUUUGCUUAUCACCAGUUCACACAGUGACUACUGCCGACUUCUGUGCGAACACAUUUUCGGGAAGGAUUUUGAGGAGCUCUUUGAUAUAAUAAUUACUAAUGCCUUAAAGCCAGGGUUUUUCUCUCUUACUCCUCAACAAAGACCAUUUUGCACUCUUGACAAUGAUGUGGAAAUUGACAUGUUGCCUGCACUGGAGAAGGCAGGCUGGUACUCUCAAGGUAACUGGGUUCAUUUAUAUGACCUGUUAAAGAAAAUGACUGGAAAGCCUGACCCUAAGGUGGUUUAUUUUGGUGACAGCAUACGUUCAGAUAUUUUCUCAGCCUGUCAUUAUAGCAACUGGGAGACUGUCCUCAUCCUCGAGGAGUUAGAAGGUGGUGAAGUCCAAGAGCCAGACGUGACUGAUUUUGGAUCCUCCUUAAAAAAGAAAGGAAAGUAUGAUAGCAUUCCAUUACAAGAAAAUUAUUCUAUAUCGAAGAAAUGGGGAUCUUACUUUGCAGACUCUAUUUCUGGAGCUAAGACCUCACAGGAUACACUGAGUGUGACAUGGUGCUGUUCCAGUAUUAGAAAUUACAGCACAAUAACUAUCCCAAGCAUUACAGCGAUUGUAGAUUUGCCUCUGGAUUAUAAAUUUACCAGAUUUGCAGGCAGUAAUGCAGACAUCGAUGGCUACUACCCCCAGCCUCCUGCAAUCCUCUUAUCUCAGAGCAUAGAAGGUGCUGCUACAUAAUUGGAGCUACCAGUCCUAAUAGACGUAACAUGACCUCUGAAAUGGCUGUAACUGUUGUAAACUUUUAUGUAAAUCAACAACUCUGGUUGAAUAUGCCUUUUCAAGACAAGUGUUUCUUUAUUAAAUGAUUCCACGUCUGUUAGUUGAUAGGUAAAUAAGUAGGAUAAACCAAAUGUUUUGUAACAGUAUUUUGUAUUCAUUUUGAAGGAAAAUUUGUGACCCAAAGUUUGUAAAAAUCUAAGUUUUAAAGUUAACAUACAUAGUUUUAGUGUUGGUUAUCAACCAUGUUUUCACUUAUUCCAUUACAUUAGUCCUACCGAUAGAUAGUAAUGGGGGUGAAAGUAAUUUUGGUCAUAAAUUCAUGUAUCAAACGUUGUGCAAUACAAAAAAAUGUAAUCUGUGUGCCAUAUUGCCCCUAAAUACCAACAAUGUUAUAAUAUAUGGCAAAAACGAAGCACAAAGCAUCACAUUACAAUUGCCACCAUUUAGAUUGUUUACACUACGCUUGUGUUCCUGAAUACACGAAGCAUACAUCUAACAUAUCUAUCAUUACCGUUUGGCCAUUAUGUGUCUAUAUAGUUUUUUUUUAAACGCAACUGUAAAUUGACUAGUAAGGGUAUGUUCACAUAACAUAUAUACAUAUACCAUGUAAUGUGUUGCAGAAACCCUAAGGUAGCCUCUGAUUUCGGUUAUAUACUCUUCUUAAGGUCAUAGACACAGAUUAGACUUAUUCAUUUGGCCUAACUAGUGUCCGCUUCUGUCCUUUAAAGGGGUACUUCGGUGGAAAACUUUUUUUUUUUUAAA